AUGGGAUCCAGCAAAGCACCGGAAAGAAGGAUUACAGCAGUUGAGAAGCUGAGAAGCAUGUUGGCGAAUCCGGACAAAUUCCUUUCUUGUCCUGGGGUGUACGAUGGCUUCACAGCGAGGAUAGCCCUUCAAGAAGGUGUGGACUGUCUAUACAUGACUGGUGCAGGAACAACAAUGUCCCGUCUAGGCGCCGCCGACAUGGGCAUAGCAACCUUCACCGACAUGCUCCAAAACGCCACAAUGCUUGCUUCCAUCUCCCCGAGCACACCUCUAAUUGCCGACGCCGACACAGGCUACGGCGGUCCCGUAAUGGUCGGUCGCACAGUAACAUCCUAUAUCCGCGCAGGUGUUGCAGGUCUGCAUCUAGAAGACCAAAUAGUGAGCAAGCGCUGCGGUCACCUAAACGGCAAGCAACUCGUCGACACGGAAGAAUUCGAAUCUAGGAUCCGCGCUGCGAGGUUAGCGAGAGAGGAAUCCGGUGGUGACAUUGUGAUUAUCGCAAGGACAGAUGCCUUACAGGGUUUUGGUUAUGAGGAGGCUUUGCAUCGUCUUCGUGCUGCUGUUGCUCAAGGCGCCGAUGUGGCCUUCCUGGAAGGUGUUACGACGGCUGAAGACGCGAAGAAGAUAUGCGCUGAUUUGGCGCCCACACCUUGUCUUUUUAACAGUGUGCCUGGUGGUGUGUCUCCAGACUUUACAGUUGACGAGUGCAAGCAGCUCGGGUACAAACUUGCCAUCUUCCCCUUGUUGGCAUGCGAGGUUGUAUAUCCGGCGGUUAGGAAGGCGAUCCAACAGAUGAAGGCAGGACAUGUUGAAAGUGUAGAGGAGGACGGGAAGAGACAUGGACCUAGGGAGCUGUUCAAGCUGUGUGGGCUGGAUGAGUUAAUCGAGUUUGACGUCAAGGCUGGUGGAUUAGGCUACAAGAAUGGUGCGUGA